AUGCAGGCCAAGUACAGCAGCACGAGGGACAUGCUGGACUUUGAUAGGGACACCGUCAUGAGUGUGUCAUCUCGAGCCUCUUCUACGACCCAGCGGCCAGAGGCUAGGCACACAGGGCACCGGCCUCCCUCUUCAGUUUGGCGUCCAGUGGCCCUGACCCUGCUGACUUUGUGUUUGGUGCUGCUGAUCGGCCUGUUAGCCCUGGGCCUUGUGUUUUUUCAGUUCUACCAGCUUUCAAAUACCCAGCAAGACAGCAUUUCUCACAAGGAAGAAAGAUUGGGGAAUCUCUCCCGACAGCUGCAGUCUCUCCAAACCAGGAACAGGAAGCUUGCGGAAAUCCUGCAGCGUGUGGCUGAAAAACUGUGUCGUGAGCUCUAUAACAAAAGUGGAGAGCACAGAUGCAGCCCUUGUCCAGAAGAAUGGAAGUGGCAUGGGGACAAAUGCUACCGAUUCUAUAUAGAGAGCAAGAAUUGGCAAGGCUGUGAAUAUUUUUGCAUUGCUGAGAAUGCGACCAUGCUGAAAAUAAACACACAGGAAGUGCUGGAGUUUGCCAUGCCUCAGAGCUACUCUGAGUUUUUCUACUCUUAUUGGACAGGGCUAUCUCGCAACGGCAGUGGCAAAGUCUGGCUGUGGACCGAUGGAGCCCUUUACUCCCCCGAACUGUUUGAGAUUAUAGUAGAUUUUACCAGCCUAAGAAGCAGAGACUGUGUGACCAUCCUCAAUGGAAAGGCUUUCUCAAAGGACUGCAAAGAGUUGAGGCGGUGUGCAUGUGAAAGAAGGGCAGCCACAGUGAAGCCCGAGAGCUUCCAUUAGCUUCCCUGAGCCAUGGAUUCUCCCACCAUAAUUGCAACAUCAUGGUCCCUUCAAGGAGACUGAAGAUCAGAACAGAAGUCAGUCUGUUUAUGUGCAGCUCUAAGAGUCUGGUUUCAGUUCCUAUUUUCUCCCAUGUGGUCCAUAUUUAUACAACAAUUCAACAAAAAGGUUGAGUCAAGCAAAGUCAAUGCAAAGGAUAUUUGAAACUUUGGAACAUGGAAAAAAAAAUAGGAGAGGCAAUUUUUCUGACUGGUGCAAGAGGGAUUUUCAUGAUCCCCAGAACUUCUGAGCUUGGGUUCAUGCAUGUAUUUAGUCACAAAGAAAUCCCAUGUACCAACAACCAGUCCCAGAAUCUCGCAAAAUUGUAAUUCACCUUCUUGACUUAGAGAUCACUUUCUAGUGUUCUUCCUUCUCAAUAUCUAGUAUCAUCUUCCUGUUUCCAUGUCUUCCUUCAUAUUUGGAGAAGUGAGAAACUUAUUGAAGUAGGGGAAAUAAUGUGCAUAACAUUGUUUGCCCCAAAUGUCAAAUAGUCUGUAAGAAAUUAACAAUCAUUUUCUAUACCAUGCUUCUAAAUACAUAAUUAAUUCUUUCUGUUUGUUUCCCACCAUACUUUUCCCUUCCAGUCUCUCAAUAAAGCCCCUAUCUGCCAUGUCUAUGACCUGCUUCCUACUGGGAUAAUUCUCUUUAUUAGAAUCUUAACUUCUUCCAAACUUAUCUCCCCAUAUCCAUUGAAGAAUCCAACAGCUGGGGCACCUGGGUGG